UGUCAGUUUGCGAAUGUAAACACCGACAACUGUCAACCAUGGAACAGGCAAACAUCGAAAUUUUGUUAUCACCGAGCUCGUGAGUUUCGGGCGGGUUAGGCAAAUUUUGGGGUGGAAGAAACAGAUAAACCCCCCCCUCCCGAGUAACGCGUGGCUGAACGUAGCAUACAUCGCUUGGAGCAGUAGUAUCAUUUCGUUUAUUUGAUCGUUGCAAAACAAAACGAGGAACAGAGCCCGCUUUAAUUCAUUAUCUGGAAGAGGUAAACCAAAACGAUGUAACUGCCCGUGGCCGAUGGCACCAAUCAACAACCAUAAACUACAAUCAUAGCGCGCAGCGAGACUCAACUAAUCGAUAUCUACGCGUUUGCCUACGCGGGCCUGUUAACUGCAUACCCCACGUUCCAACCACCCUUCCGGCAGAGCGGUUGUUCCGUUUCGCGGUCAAACUUUCCAUGGUCGUUUGGCGAUUAGGUACCAAGGCAGCGGACGCGGAUGGUCGCCGGGUCAGGAGACGGUGGCCCGUUGCGUGCGGGCGGUGUGGCACCCGCGAUGGAGAAGAAACCGGAACCGAAAGCGCCACACGAACGUAUCGGGCUCGACACGAAGGAUGCGCUGCAGUGUCUGCACGACGACAUUGAAUCGAUGCUGAGCGUGCACGAGGAACGGUUCCGGCGCCAGUUUUGGUUGGAAAAGAUCCGCUCCACGCUGGUCGGCACGUCGACCAGUCCGCUCGGAUGGUUUCCGGUGCUGGCUUCACUGCUGUGCGCCCUGUCCCUCACCGUGACCGGCUACUAUUGGUCGGCCGGUUUGCUGGCGGCACUGUUACUGCUGACCGUGGCGGUAGUCGUGCGCGAAAACAAUCUACGCAAGACGGAAAUCUAUCGGAAGCUGCGUACGGUGCUGAUCGAGAUACGGCUGGGGAUUGUGCUGUGUAAGGACUGGACGAUCGAUAACUAUCCGCACCUGUGCAGCCCCCUGUCGCCCUGCGUCACGCUCCAGUGGACGUAUCGGGAUGGGCACGUAGUUAAUCUGCCCUGGGCGUUGCUGGUACGCGGCGAUCACAUCGUAAUGCGACCGGGACAGGUAUCGCCCGGUACGUGCCAGGAGGUGGGCGGAAGGGGGCGACGAUUCAAGUGCGGCGAAACGUACGGACUGCAGCAACCGACGGAACCGCCCGUCAAACCGAUCGCUCGCACACCGCUGCCGGACUUGGUGUGCGUGGUCGAGACGACACCGUACCUGGACAUUCUGCGCAAAUCGCUCGACAGCUUUCUCGAUCGGCCGAAAACGAUUAUCAACUUGCAGCGAGAUUUGCUGGUGUCGCGGUGCCUGCAACGCUGGGGACUGGGUGUGAUACUGUUCCUCACCGUGUCGAUCGGCAUACUACGCAACGUUGGUCUGUACCUCCAGGGCAAGCUGCCCACCAACUGGAUGAAUGUGUUUCUGCUGAAUCCUACCGCCGCGAUACUGCCGCUGCUGCCGCUCAUCUUUCCCCUGCUGUGGAUAUCGAUCAAUCUGUGGGGUGUGGCACGGCUCGAAACGCUCCUCUCCAUCCCGCAGGCCGUAAUGCGUGCCCAGGCCCAGAAGUCUUUCGCCGAGGAUCUCGACACACCGACGUGCGAUCUGGAUCACGUGAAGCUACCGCGCCGUACCGUGUUUUUCUACUGGUGGCAGCUGCUUAAAGGCCGGUCGGAGCUGUUAGGGCGCAGUGCAAGCGUCGUACAGGUGCUCGGAACCAUCACGGCUCUUUGCUGUGUCGAUAAGAAAGGUAUCCUGUCGUGGCCCAAUCCUACCGCCGAGAAAGUGUUCUUUCUGCGCAAUGCGCGCGAAGGUGACCACAACACGGAUCAGUCGGAGCAAAGCAGUCUCAACUCGCAGUGCUGCCAGGAGCAUUACCAUCCACUCUCACAUAUCAUCGAGCUGAGCUCGCAAAAGGAACCGCUCGGCGCGAUUGCGGAGGUACUAGAUCUCACGCACGACCAGCACAGCCCGUUCAAGCUCGAGUUUGACGAUCACGAUUUUAAGAAUCACCUGACGUCGCUGAAACCGCUCGGUAUCGCCAUCCUGGUCAACACGUGCUGCCCACUGACGCAAGCACACUAUGCCAAGUUCUGUGGGCACGUGACGGCGGCCGCGAUGCUCGACAAGGAUCUGGUUCCGGUCACCAAUCGGUAUGCGAUUGUUGAGUCGAGUUUGAAUUGCUUUAUGCAUGGUCGGUGCCUGUGUGAGCUCGCCAAGCAGAUCGGAUUUUCGCCCCAGGCCCGUGACAUCUUCCAGCUCGAAGGGCAAAUCUCAAGCUAUCGCCAUCUGCAACCGGAUGUGGUACGGCGCGAUAUACGUUUCGCGCGGUCUCUGCAGUUAGCAACGAAGGUGAAGGUUCCGUUCCCACACUCACUGUCGGUGGUGAUGCGCGAGAUCAACAAUGGUUCGCUGCAGCUGCUUACCCAAGGUACGGCCGAUAUAGUGCUGGACUGCUGCGAUGACUACUGGGACGGGCAGGAUCUGCAACCGUUGACGGAGAAGGAACGGAAGCGGGCGCAGGACUUUUAUCAACGGUCCGCCCUGACCGCGUACUGUACGGCGUUUGCGUAUAGGCCGCUGCGGCACGGCAUCAGUGGGGCACUGUCCGGCGGUCCUAAGGGUGGGAGUGUCGCUUACCUGGAGCUGCCACCGGAGAGUAAGCAUCGGCGGGAUCUGUAUCGGCGCGAAAACUAUAGCGAUCUGGUCGGUGGUGGUCAGUCACUGAUUGGGUGUGCCGACUGUGGCACGGACAGUGUUGAUGGCGGUGUCGGUGGAUUGCGUGCGGGGGGGAGUGUGUUAGGUGGUGGUGGUGUGGCACCACUAGCCCACCACUCCAUCUCGACCGAUUCGCUACUGUUCACCGACAGUCGGGAUGAGGACAUCUCGGACGUGGACGGGUGUUACCGGAUGCAGUGCCAUCAGGUGUUUAUCGGCAUGGUGACGAUGCAGUACCAGGCGCAGACAGACAUUGUGCAGCUGAUCGAGCGGCUCGAGCGGGCCUGCAUCCGGUUCGUGCACUUCAGCAAGGAGAACGAGCUGCGGUCGCGUGUCUUCUCGGAAAAGAUGGGCCUGGAGAGUGGAUGGAACUGUCACAUCUCGCUGCUCAGCGACGCGGACAGCCGGUCGUCGACGCCGACACACGACGGAGGUGGUGAUUGUGGGGCGGACACGGGUAAUGGUGGUGCCGAGACGAUGGAGGUGUGUGGUGGGGGGGAGCGUACCCGGUUGCUCGAUUCGCUGCUUACGGCGGGGACGCUCGAAGCAUCGAAAGCGCUCAGCUCGUCGGCACCGUGCGCCAUCUCCAACCCGGACACGAACAGUCUGCUCGGUGGCGGUGUUGGUGCUGGUGGACGCACCUCACCAGCACCGAGCGGACUCACCACACCCGCCGAAUGUGAAAACGAGGGGCGGGAUGCGAAACAGCAGCAGAAGGUGGUCGGAGGCGGUGGGCACUGUCGAUCGCUGAGCUGCCUGACGGACAGCACCGAACAGAGCGCCCCGAUCAACUUCGACAUGUCGAACCGGGCCAAGCUGCCGCGGGGCAUCGAAAACAUCCGACCGCACCUGGAGCACGUGGACAAUGUGCCGCUGCUCGUGUCCCUGUUUACCGACUGUUCCGCCGAAGCGACGCGCGAGAUGCUCAACAUCAUGCAGCAGUACGGCGAGAUCGUCGUCUGCCUCGGCUCGUCCGCAUCCAACUCCAACUCGGAGAUCUUUCUGCAGGGCGACUGUUCGAUCGCGAUCGAACCACUGUACCCGCAGGUAUGCCAAGAGUUUCCCGCCUACAGCGAGUCCAACAUCUACAACAAUCGGGCCCGGCUGGGGUCGGCGAACGGGGAACCGGGCGGUACACCGCUGCCCGAUCGCUGCAAAACCAUCUCGCCCGUCUAUCUGAGCCGCAUCCUAAACUCGAUCUCCUGCUCGAUCGCAACCUGCCGGGACGAUCCGAUCUCGAUCGUGGCGGUGAUUGAGCUGUCGCGCCGCUUUAUGGCCGGCUUGUGGAGUUGCGUACAGUACUGGGCGUGCUGUGGGGCAUCGCUCGCCAUCAUGAACACCAUUACCGCAAUCCUGUCGCUACCGCCGAUGGUGAUGCCGCUGCACACGCUCUACCUGAUGUGUAUUGUGGUGCCGCUGGUCGCCUUGACGUUGCUGCGCGUCGAACCGGACCCGGCGCUAAUGAAGCGCGCCACCGGCAAGAAGCAGAAGACGCUCAGCUCCCGCCUGGUGCUGUUUGUGAUCUGGUGCUACGGGAUUAAGUUUGCCAUCGCGAUUAUCGUGCUGGUGCUCGCGUACUGCACGUUCCUGUCCCAUCCGAUCGAGCUGUUUGCUGGCGGCGGUGCCGGUCUGUCUGGCGAGGGCACCGGACGCCGGCAGGAUGAUCCCGAGGCGGUGGUACAGCGGGAUGUCGGUGCACCGGAGCAAGCACUGGCCGGUGAUUUACAUCUGGCCCGUUCCUUCAUACUGCUCGGCAUCGUGCUUCAUUUUGUCACCAUUUCGGCCUCGUUCGUCCAUCGCGAUUACAACUGCUUCAAGCGCAGCCCGCUCAGCAAUCUCUGCUGGGUGUCGGUCGUGGCACUGCUGCUGCUGGUACACCUGGGACUGGUUGUGCUGCAGCUCUGUACCGACGACUACCUCUGGCAGGAGAUGGAACGCGUUUGGCCGAUCGUGGUGUGCAUCGUGCUAACCGUAUUGGCCACCUUUCUGGCGAGCGAAUUCUUCAAAUGGGAAGAAAUCAAGGUCAACAAUCGCUAUAUCCGCCGGGCAAGGUUAGACUUCGGCACGAAGCUCGGCAUGAAUUCGCCAUUUUGAAAAAAAAAAACAACACGCUCCGAAGCUGCCCAAUCUGCUACACAGCCGCCGAGUAUUGAGAUAGAGAACUUUGAGUCAUUAGACAUCGUCUCUUCGAGCGUGGUAUGUGUGAUGUUCCUGUAGGUGCUCGAAGGUAGGAAUAUAGGUCAAUUGUGGGAGCUUCACACAAAGAACGUUCGACGUUAGGCAACCACCAAGCCCAGAUUAUUGUAGCUGUUGUGAGUAUCUCGUUUAGAACAACGCGCAUUUCGUACGAUGAACCACCAUUUUGUUCCGUUUGGAUCAGCUUGUAUAUUGAUUUGAUUUGAAGUCUUUCGAAAGAUGCCUAGCCUACGAUGCUUGGUUAGGGAGCUAUGGAAGGAAUAGGCAAGGACAAUUUUUUACAUUAAAAUAGGCUGGCACAAUUUAUACUGAGCUGCUAGCAUCACUAAUGAACGACUUCCUAGGAAUUGCAAAGGGGAAAGGUUAUGAAGUGGCGGGACUCUUUUGUUUUUCUUCUUCUUCUGAGCGUUCGCUGUCAUGAUCAUGGGAGGCAAGUUGAAGUUUACAAUUUGGGCAGGCUCGUACAAGUUACCAGUGUAGUGUGCAUGAAUGUGUUCAAACCAGGUUUGGACUAUCAUCUAGUCCGAGACGUUGCUGGAAGUGUUUGUCCUAAGCCGGUACAUGUCGUAACAUUCCAGCAAGAUUGCCAUCACUGCCCUCCCCACCUGCUACGACAAAUCCAUCCAGACUUAUGACACGACCCACACAUGAUGGAGCUCACUGCGAGGAACUUGACUGCCAUGCACGCUUGGCUGCUCACCUGCUUUUCGUACGCUCUCCAAGCGGAACGUUGAGUCCUUGCUGCGCCUUGCAGAUGGGGGAAGACUUUUUUGUGUUACAAUCGUUUAAAUAAACCCAAAAUGGCGCCCUCAGUUUAGCUACACCCUGUACUUGACGUUCCACGGUUUGUGUUGGGUUCCCAAAAUGGUGCAGUGCUAGUUGAAAUCGACCGUAAGAUGUAGGAACAAUGACGGGUUUUAGAAGAAAAAAAUAUUGCAUAUGAGCUGCGUGUCUAGCUAUGGGUGUAACAAAAAAAACACACACACACAAAAACUUCUUUGUUAUUUAUUAUUUUAUGCCCUGUUUUGCUAGAACUAGAAGAUCGCCAGAAGUCGUGUAUGUGUGUGUGUUUGUGUAUUCACGAAUAAAUUGUAAUUUUA